AUGGAAUUGAAUGUGAACAGAGAAUCCAAUUUGUUGUUGAAGGUGAACACGGCCCUGGUCAGCCUGACCAGCCACGUUCAUCCUGGUUGGGAUCGGGGCAUGGAGCAGCUGCACGUCUGGAUCUCCACCCCGUUCUGCACCACCCUCCUCCUGCCCAUGCUGGCCGUGGCUGACCUGGCACUCUCCACCACAGCGGUGCCCAAGGUGCUGGCUCUGUUCUGGUUCCAUGCCCAGGAAAUUUCCUUUGAUGCCUGCCUGACCCAGAUGUUCUCCCUGCUCACCUGCUCGGCGGGGUCGGUGACCCCUCUGGCCACAGCCUUUGACCACUUCACUGCCGUCUGCACCCGCUGUGCCAGGGGGCCCCGUGGCCAAACUGGCCUGGUGCCUUUACUGAGGAGCUUCUGCAUCAUCUCUAUUUUCCUGCUGAAGUGGCUGCUGUUCUGCGGGCACAGUGUCAUCCUGCACACCCACUGUGAACACAUGGGCAUCGCCCACCCAGCCUGUGCCCACAUCUCCCUCAACCUCACGGUGCCUCUGGCCAUGGUCACACUCCACCUUGGCCUCAUUGCUGUGUCCCGUGUGUUCAUCCUCGUGGCGCUGUUCAGGCUCCCCCAGGACCACAAGGCUUUCAGCACCCGUGGCUCUCACAUCUGUGUUUUAGUCUUUUUCUCUGUUCCCGUUGCUUUCCCGGCACUGACGCACCAGUUCGGCUGGAACAUCCCCCGCCACGGCCACGGCCUGCUGGCCAACCUGCACAUCCUGCUGGCCAACCUGCACAUGCUGCUGGCCAACCUGCACGUGCUGCUGGUCAACCUGCACGUCCUGCUGGCCAACCUGCAUGUGCUGCUGGCCAACCUGCACGUGCUGCUGGCCAACCUGCACGUCCUGCUGGCCAACCUGCACGUGCUGCUGGCCAACCUGCACAUCCUGCUGGCCAACCUGCACGUGCUGCUCCCACCGCUCUGA